UUCAAGAUACAUAACCAGUCACAUAACCAGUAAAUAACACCUGCUGACAUCCCCUUUUCUAUUCAAUCAUCAAUUACAGGAGAGCUCUCCAGUUUUCAAUCUAAACAUUCCUAUUGAAGUUAUCAGGAGGUCAUCAGUAUGCUGCGGCUGAUAUGUAUGUACCUUCAAACUGGCUGGACCUCAUGGCAACCUCUUCAAAUCCAGAGUUUUCUUGGGCGAGGGAUAUUCAGAGGUGGUUUCACCACUUUUUUCCUUUGAUAUGCAGCCUAUAGCACCUGGCAUUCACUAGCAGCCCACAUGCUUCCCAAGACACGUGUUCUGAAGCAUUCCAGGUGUUGAGUUACACUUCCCAUCAUCCAUCUGUAGGUAGAGGCCAUUGCUGUCUUAAAUUUGCUGAGCUCUGAAGCCAACCAUAUGUGGAGUGUGUUAGGCUGUCUAAGUUCACCGUUUCCUAAAAUGCUCUACGUUUUAUCACAGGAUGUGCUCUAAGGCCUCUUCCACACAGCUGAAUAAAAUCCCACAUUUUCUGCUUUUAACUGGAAUAUAUGACAGUGUGGACUCUGAAAACCCAGUUCAAAGCAGAUAUUGUCAGAUUCUUCUUCGUGGUGCUUCUGUGGAAAUCGCACUAAUGGGUUUUCCUGUGCCUGCACAGCAAUUGUCGGAACCUUCUAGAACUUAGAAUGAACAAAAUGGCGGAAGCCCCGCCCACUCUCCCCAGUAUGAUAUAUAAGGCCCUGUGGGCGGGGCUAGCCAGUUCCUUUUUUCCGCCGCAGAGGCAGCAACUUUAGGAACCUCUCUAGAGCUUUCUAGCAUCGUGUAUAAUCCUUUUGACUUGGACCGGCUGCGAACCUCCCAUCCUCCUUUGAUUAACGGACUGGACUUGGUAAACCCCUUUUGCUUAACGGACUGGACUUGGCGUUUAAUCCUAACCUCCCACUUUCAUAACGUGGCUAGAGUGAGCAUGGCCUCCUUCUUCAAGAAAUGUUCGAAUUGCGGGAGCAAUCUCCCUGAGGCGGAUGGACAUUCUAAAUGCCUCCUAUGUCUGGGUGAGGGGCAUAUCACUCAAUCCUGCCAUGUGUGCCAGGGGUUUACACCCCAGGCACGUAAAAAUUGGGAAUCCAGACUAAAGGCCUUGCUCUAUGAACAGGCCUUGGCGCCUAACCUCUCUGGGCCUUCCCCUCCUCAGAAUAGGCCUAAUCCAUCGGCCUCAAGUAACGCUAGAUCGCCAAGCCCCGCGAAUCAUCCGCCAUCGGAGGCCGUCCAGACUGGGCCCCUGAGCGUGGAGGAGCCAGUGGCUGCCAUAGGCCCCUGCAAUGCCCGAAAAAAGACAAAGAAAGUAAAGCACUUGAAGGCGUCACGCCCUCGACCCGCUCGGCAGCAACCCGACCUUACCAUGGGGCGCUCCCCGGUACGGAGUGAUCCUCCGCCGCUCACUCCAAUCGAGCCGCAGGGCUCACAGGCGCUCAGCCCGACCGGGCUUACCCCUGCUCAGCCGGCCCCACUGUUGCCGAGCGAACAGCAGGAGGCGCGGGGUCAGGGAAGGAGCCCGGUGGCGCAAAGCUCGUCAUCGAGCUCUCUGACUUCCUCUCCAUCACCUAAAAGGUCCAGGAGGAGCCAACGGGGCCGCCCAUCCCGACGCCGGUGUUCCCCCUCGUCGAGUUCGGAGCGCUCCGUUGCUGGUUCAGACACCAGGAGCCGGUCAAGAGACUCCCACUUCCCUCCUUAUCCGUAUGGAUUCCCUCCUUACCCGUUCAUUCCACCCGGGUUUGAGGGUUUUCACUUCUGGAACCCGUAUGGGCCCUAUUUAGUUCCAUCGGGUUUGGGGCGUAGCCACGCCCCCCGCUCACUGUGGAGUCACGCCCCUCCGGCUUCGCCUUCGUGUGCUGCGUCUCAAGACCGCACUCUACUGGCGGGCCGGGGCAAUGCAGCUACGACCGGCCUUCCUUUGGAACAGACCUCAGGCCCAGCACCAGAGGCAGGAGGAAGGGAGCCCCGCCCCCAGUCGCCAUCCCCUUCAACACUGCAGGCGCCGCCAGCCCCAGUGACCCCGCAGACGGGGGCAUCGCUGGGUCCCUCUCAGGAGACGGAGGCUGAUCGCCCUGAGGACGCGGAGGGCCUCCCUUCCACAUCGGUUCCGCUUGCGGACCCGCAUGAUGAUCUUGAUCCUCCCUCAGCGGAGGAUAUUAAAACCUUCUCAUCUCUAUUGAUUCGCCUCUCUAAGGCUCUUAACUUACCAGCUCAGAAGCCUACGAAAGUGGUUAAUGACCCUGUGUAUCCUUCUUCCAAACAACAGGGGCCCCUUACCACGGCGCUACCAUCCCUUCCCUACUUAAUAGAGAUGAUUAAGAAUGAGGGAGUAUCCCCAGUGGCUCUUCCUGCGACCCCGAAGAGAGCAGAAUAUCUCUAUAAAAUCAACUUCACUGGAGCCCAAUGGCUAGCCAAACAGCCAAAACUGAACUCUCGUGUCGUGGAUGUUACCCAACCCAAGCAAAUUCAGCGUUCUCAGCCAGCGCCCACAGACAAAGAGGGCAAAAAACUGGAGAGCAUGGGGAAGAAGUUCUAUUCCGCGUCGUGCCUUUUUGCUAGGAUGGCUCACUAUGGCGCGUAUACAGGAGCAUAUCAGACGUACCUCUGGGAGAAGAUGACCCAGUAUUUAGAUCUCCUCCCAGCACAACAUCAAGCCAUGGCUAGGGCUUUCCAGCAGGAGGCUUGCCUGCUCUCGGAGUUGCAGAAAGACCUAGCUAAGAAUAUAGCGGACGCCUCAGGAAAGCUCCUGGCAGGGGCAAUCUCACUUCGACGUCAUGCUUGGCUGCGAGCAGCCAACCUCUCCCCCUCUGCUAAAUCAGUCAUAGAAGACCUUCCCUUGGAUGAGGCUGGCAUAUUCAAUCCAGAGACUGACGCUCAAAUCAAGGACACACAUGAGGUGACCCAAGCCACCAACAAGUACGUGACGCAACAGGCCUACCAAUACCAGCGAAGACGGUGGAAUCCAUACUAUCGAUCUAGGAGGUCGAAUUCACCAUCGUAUAAGGGAAAACAACGGUCCUUUUUUCGUCCCUUCAGACCGAGGCGUUCCUCCUUUCAAUAUAAAGGUCAGCAACGGAAUGGGGGAAAACAAAAUGAGAAACAAAGACGUCGUUUUUAACCCUAUGGCGUCGGCCCCCUUCCCUAAGUUUGCUCCAAGUUCACAACCCCUGGACUCCUGUUCGGGUUCGUUGAGUCCACCUGUUCCCCCUGCCAGUUUGAAAGAGCACUUAAUCUCCUCGUUUGUGACCCCUCAGAAGGAACAUUUGGCCUUUUUUGAAAGGCUUGCCCCACACCUUAAAGCGUGGGAGGCGAUAACAUCGGACUCUUGGGUCCUAGAAGUUAUUAAAAAGGGUUAUGCCAUUGAGUUUAUAUCUCGUCCCCGAACGGGGACUCCCCGCACCACCACCCCCCCCUCCGCUUGCCUCUUAGACGAAGUCUCGACCCUCCUGCAGAAGGGUGCGAUCUCUAGAAUACCUCCGCGUAAAGCCCAUUCCUGUUUUUUCUCCAGAUAUUUCCUUAUUAGGAAGAGGUCGGGUGGACUGCGUCCAAUACUAGACUUACGUGCCCUUAAUAGGCACGUUAGGGCCCGUACAUUUCGUAUGGUUACGUUGACCUCCAUAUUGCCGUUGUUGCGUAGGGGAGUCUGGUUUGCGACCAUUGACUUACGUGACGCGUAUUUCCAUAUCUCCAUACGGCGCUCCCAUCGUAGGUACCUUAGCUUCCUAGUAGGGCACUCCAUCUAUUCCUUCAAUGUGCUCCCGUUCGGCCUAGCUACGGCGCCAAGGGUGUUCACAAAAUGUAUGGCUACUGUAGCCGCGUACUUAAGACAAAAAGGAAUAAUUCUUUUUCCAUAUAUUGAUGACUGGCUGGUUGUCAGUGACUCAGAAGCAGACCUAAGGGAUGAUGUGUCCUCUACGCUCCUUCUUUUGCAGGACCUUGGCCUGGUGGUCAACAAAGAAAAGUCUCAUUUAACCCCUUCGCAAAACAUCAAGUUCAUUGGGGCUGUCCUAGAUUCUCGGUCAGGAAGGGCCUGUCUUCCAGAGUCCCACUUCCGUUCUAUCCGGGCCUCCAUAUUGCAACUCCAGUCCCGACGACGAGCUUCGGCGUGGCAUAUCCAAUCCAUCCUAGGCCAUAUGGCCUCCACCACUGCGGUGGUAAAGCUGGCAAGACUCAGAAUGAGACCUCUUCAGAGGUGGUUCCUGGACUCGUUCGAUCCACUCUGCGACAGCCAAUGGAUGGUGCUGACACCCCUGGCUCCUGUCCUGCAGUCGUUACGAUGGUGGACAAGCAGACGCAACCUGCGGAGAGGUCUACCUUUCCGCCCCCCGAUACCAACUUACGAGGUUACA